AUGGCCACUGCAGCAGAGGAUCCCCACCUGGGCUCAGGCCCAGACGAUGACGAUGCACCUUCAUCAGGAAGGGACUCUGAUUCCGACAGCGUCCUCUCCGAUGACUCUGUGCUUCCAGUUUACACACAGGAGACAAAAAAUGGGAACGUGGCAUCAACGCUGUAUCAGGCAUGCGCUCGUAACGAACCCAUCUCUCUGCGAGGUGUUUUGGAGAGAGGGGUGACAAAAGAGGAGGUGAUGGAGCUGGACAUUAAUGGCUGGAACGGCCUGAUGGUGGCUUGCUGCAAAGGUUUUGUGGAGAUUGUGCAUGGGCUCCACAACUGUCCUUUCAUUGACGUCAAUCACCAGGACAAUGAGGGCAACACUGCACUGAUGAUCGCAUCUCAAGCAGGUCACAUUAAUACAGUAAUGUAUCUCCUAAACUACUACCCUGGUGUAGACACUGAAAUAAGGGACUGCCGAGGGUUCACAGCCCUCAUCAAAGCUGCUAUGAGUGGUCGCACUGAUGUUGUGGCAGCUCUUGUUAUGGCUGGGGCUGACAUAUAUGCAGUGGACUCUACACGUGGAAAAUGUGCUAGAGACUGGGCACUUAAAACAGGCCGCUAUGAGACUUUUCAACGUCUCCGCCGCCUCACAUUGAGGCCAAAAGCUGAACAGUUCUGUGAGAGCUAUGUUCCUGAGUGGCCUGAGCUCAAGGAGAGAGUGGCCAAAGCAACAGCUCAGAAAAGUCCUGCAGAAAAACUUUCACUGCGGAUCAAAAACACAUUUGGAUUCAACUUUCCACGAGAUCCCCAGGAGAAUGGGGUCAUGGACCACUUGGUGCGAAUGACCACUAGUGUUCACAGUCCUUUAAUUUCAACAGGCUGCCACCCACUUUGCCCUACAAGCCCUCCAGAGAUGGGGAGGAGGAGGCUUGCUGUACCAGAGCUGGUGAAGAAACACUCACAGAAGGAGCUAGAAGAAAGCUCAGUGUGCCACAGCGAUGGCUCUGUGUCGCACGUCACGCCCAUAGUCCACUCGGCAGAGAAGAUUGCUUCAUCAUCUGUUCCUGACAAUGAGCGGCGAGGCAGCAUCCUCUCAGUGGCCUCCGCGAAAGUUGCAACAGCAUUCAUUCCCCGCAGUAUGGCGAGGCGGAACAGUGUGUUCCCCUCUGGAUGUAUCCCCAACAUUAGUGUUGACAGGCCUUCGGAUCCAACGCCAAAGAAAGAAAAGAAGAAAAAGAGGAAGGAAAAGGGCUAUCUAGAACCACCCAUAUGGAAGUAUAAGGAACUGAAGGAUGAAAAAAAGAAGGAGAAGGAAAAGGCUGAAAAGGAGAAGGAGGGAAAAGAGAAGAAAAGGGGCAAAAACAGCAAGAAGACCAAAAUAUAAAUACUUCAAAACUGGCGGCUUUGAAUAGCUCAGUACUUAUUUGGAACAAUUACAUUUUUCAAAAACCUGUUUCAGUGCUUGCUAGAAAUGUUUCAA